GGAUUUCAAGCAAAAGACGUCCCGCCUCUGUGGUAGAAGGAAAGAAGCAUUGGCGUUGAUCUUACGCUCAAAAUCCCCAAUUACAAAAACCCUAACUCUCUCUCUCUCUCUCUCUCUCUCUCUCUCUCUUUCACUUAUCAUCUCCAUCCUUUUUCCCUCUACAUUCGUAAUUUUUAAUCCGGAUCCUUCGGUUUCAAUCCGCCGCACCAUCCUCUUCUCCUUCUUAUUCGCAUUCUCGUUCAUUUUCUUACUCAGUUUCCGAACACAAUGAGGAAGGGUACUAAAAGAAAAGCAACUAGAAAGGAAGAGGAUAAACCUGCGGAACCUAAGCCCGAGAAAUCUCCACCUCGAGCCAAGCGGACUAAGCUUCCCAAACCCGAAUCCGAACCCGAGUAUUUUGAGGAUAAGCGUAACAUGGAAGAUUUGUGGAAAGCAGCAUUUCCUGUUGGGACAGAGUGGGAUCAAUUGGACUCGGUUUAUAAAUUCAACUGGAAUUUCUCAAAUCUGGAAGAUGCAUUUGAAGAGGGAGGAAAGUUGUACGGCGAGAAGGUUUAUCUAUUUGGUUGUACAGAGCCUCAAUUGGUUCCUUUCAAAGGAGAAAAUAAACUUACAAUCAUACCUGUUGUGGUGGCCGUUGCAUCUCCUUUCCCACCUUCUGAUAAAAUUGGCAUCAAUUCUGUUCAAAGAGAAGCUGAAGAGAUAGUUCCCAUGAAGCAGAUGAAAAUGGACUGGGUUCCUUAUAUUCCUCUGGAGAAGAGAGAUAGAAGAGUUGAUAAAUUGAAAUCUCAAAUAUUCAUCCUCAGCUGCACUCAGAGAAGAGCUGCUUUGAAGCAUUUAAAAAUAGAUCGUGUCAAGAAAUAUGAGUAUUGCUUACCCUACUUUUACCAACCCUUUAAGGAUGAUGAAUUUGAACAAAGCACUGAGGUUCCAAUUAUUUUCCCAGUAGACCCAAAGCCAGUUUUCUGUGAGUUUGAUUGGGAAUUAGAUGAACUCGAGGAGUUCACGGAUAAGUUGAUUGAGAAUGAAGAAUUAUCUGAAAGUCAAAAGGAUGCCUUCAAGGAUUUUGUAAGGGAGAAAGUUAGAGAGACCAAGAAAGCUAAUAGAGAGGCUAGGGAAGCACGGAAAAAGGCCAUUGAGGAAAUGAGCAAUGAAACUAAAGAAGCAUUCGAGAAGAUGAAAUUUUACAAGUUCUACCCUGUACAAACACCUGAUACACCCGAUAUAUCCAACGUUAAGGCUCCAUUUAUAAAUAGGUACUAUGGAAAAGCUCAUGAAGUUCUGUGAUAUCUCAUACCAUGGCCGGCACAAGAUAGGAAUUGAUAUGAAGCUCCACUUCGGUCCACAUCUUGCUCAACAUUCGAAGGUAUUGCUUCUGUUGUGCCAAAAAUGAGACGCCAAUGCCUAUUGACUUCUUUUAUUGAUCUUGCAAGAAAAAAUGACGGGAUCUAGAGCAAUACCCUCCAAACUCUUUAGGUAGGCUACUGUACUAAUUAGGAUCACGCUUUGUGUCUUCAAUCGUUUUUUUCGUUCUUUUCUUAAAUUCCUAUUUCCAUUACCAGAAAAAAAAAAGGACUUAGAAUCUCACUCACCUCUUAGUUGGAAUAUCUUGGUGUAAUUCUGUUAAUUAUUCCAUCAUUUCAGUUUUGUAUAACCAUAGUCUGACCUCUAUAACCUCCAAGAACAGACUUGUUCAUUGGUUUUUGAAGGAUAUAAAUAUAUAUACAUUGUUUACAACCUCCAAGAAUAAAUUCUUCCAUUAGUUUGUGUU